UGGCCUUGAGGAGAGGCGGAACCACGGGCUGCGGGGUCCGGGUUCCGGCCUGGAGCCUUUGGGAGGCCCACACGGCUCUCCUCCCUCGCUCCCUCCCCGGCCAGGGGCGGAGGCGGCAGGGAGAAACUUCCCGGGGCAAAGAGCCGCGCCGUCCCACCUGGAUUUGGAGUUAAGAACUGUCCUGAUUACGGUGAUCCAGUUGUACGACUCGAAAAUGUCUGGCUUCUGAUACAGAAUCCUGUUGGUCGGCAUAAUCCAGGAGCUGCUAAUUUCAACUUGCCGAGUUUGUUUCUGCCACGCCUCUGCAAUUCCGGAGAAAAGGUCUUGAUCUGCGCAGAAUAGAUCCCAACCCCUCCAGGCAUCGACCACAAGAAGAGCGACGACCGGACCCUGGUGGAUCAGAUCUUGGAGCCUCAGGAUGUGGUCCGAUUUGGGGUCUUCCUGUACACUCUGGGUUGCAUCUCAGCAGCAUGUCUCUAUUGCUUCUCCACCCUCAAAUUGGAACACCUGGCCUUGAUUUACUUCGGAGGACUCUCCAGCUCUUUUCUCUACACCGGAGAUUCAAACUCAGUGUUGGAGAGAAGCAAAGGAGCAGCAAACGGGCUCGGAACAAUUCCAGAGCAAUUCCACAGCUUAGAAUGGACACGGAGGAUGACGCCUUAUUGCAAGAUGUGUGCGGCAACGAAGAUGAAGAGGGGGCUUGUGGUCCUGGCAUGAAAACCAGGGGGUCCCGCCUUUGCGGGAAAUGCCAGUGGAACCCCAGGCGCCGGGCCACUUUCGUGACGCUCCCAUCCUCGGAUUUUUGGACCGUGGUGGGCUGGGUCUUCACCAACCCUUAUUCCGCCAGUCUCAUCCUCUUCUUGGGAUGCGCCAUUCCUGCCGGCUUGGCCCUGACCAUGUUCCUCCACUACCCGGCUCUGGACAUCGACAUCUCGUACAAUGCCUUUGAGAUCCGCAACCAUGAGUCCUCGCAGCGCUUCGAUGCCCUCACCCUGGCCCUCAAGUCCCAGUUCGGCCUGUGGGGACGCAGCCGCCGAGACCUGGCCGACUUCAGCUCGGAGACCUUGCGGAGGCUGAUUUUUGAGAAACUGCAGCACCUCCAGCGCAACGCCUCGCGGCCGGGGUCCCUAAACCUCUCCCCGAGGCGGCGAAGGGACACGGGACGGAAUCUGGCCAGCCCAGCCAACCACACUUCCCACCAGUCCCGAAGUCCCCUCCCUCGUUGGGAGUAUCCGAGCACCACCGUGAGCGCCAACACCCAGACUCACGCCCACUGGCGCAUCGAACUCAUCUUCCUCGCUCGGGGAGAUGCCGAGAAGAAUAUUUUCACCUCCGAGCGCCUGUUGACGAUCCACGAGGUGGAGCGCAAAAUUAUGGACCAUCCUCACUUCCAGGAGUUUUGCUGGAAGCCUCACGAGGUCCUCAAAGAUCUCCCUUUGGGGUCUUACUCCUACUGUUCUCCUCCUAGCUCCCUCAUGACCUAUUUCUUCCCCACAGAGAGGGGUGGAAAAAUAUACUACGACGGCCUUGGACAAGAGCUUGCCGACAUCCAAGGGUCUCUUGAGCUGGCCAUGACCCACCCGGAAUUCUACUGGUAUGUGGACGAGAGUCUCUCAGCCGAGAACAAGAAGAGCUCCCUCUUGCGGAGCGAAGUCCUCUUUGGCGCUCCCCUGCCCAGCUACUAUUCCAUGGAUGACCGCUGGGAAGAACAGUGCCGGAAGUUUCAAAACUUUGUGGUCACCUACGUGGCCUUGCUGGCCAAGGAGUCUACCAGCAAAGUGGAGGUUCUGUACGGCGGGACGGAUCUCUUUGAUUACGAAGUGAGGAAGAUUUUCAAGAACGACAUGUUGCUGGCCUUCAUCAGUAGCUCAUGCAUUGCGGUUCUGGUUUACCUCCUGGCGUCCUGUUCAGUCUUCCUGUCAUUUUUUGGCAUUGCUAGCAUCGGAAUCAGCUGCCUGGUGGCCCUUUUCCUGUACCACAUUGUCUUCGGAAUCCAGUACCUGGGCAUCCUGAACGGAGUGGCGGCCUUCGUCAUCGUGGGCAUCGGGGUGGACGACGUCUUCGUCUUCAUCAACACCUAUCGGCAAGCCACCCACCUGAAAGAUCUCAACCUCAGGAUGAUCUACACCAUCCAGACAGCUGGCAAAGCCACCUUCUUCACCUCCUUAACCACGGCUGCGGCAUACGCCGCCAACAUUUUUUCCCAGAUUCCAGCUGUCCAUGACUUUGGUCUCUUCAUGUCCUUGAUUGUCUCCUGUUGCUGGGUUGGGGUCCUUUUCACCAUGCCUGCUGCUCUGGGGAUUUGGUCUCUCUACUGGUCCUCCCUGGAAAACACCUGUCAGGCCAGAUGCAGUACAAAAUGCACAAAGGAAAACGCUUUGCAGAGCUCCGACGGCCUUUUCAUCUCCUUGGCAGUGGCUGGAAGGUCAGGCGCUCUGGGCACUUUGCCUUACCUGGAUGACGACAUCCCCUUGCUGAAUGUAGAGGAGGAGCCAGUUGCUCUAGAGAUGGGGGAUGUCCCUUUGGUAUCUGUGUUGCCCGAAAACCACCAACUUACUACCAACAAUGACAGUCCAGGACACCUGAUCACUCACCUGCAGAAGCUCCUUCAGUGCUGGGCUCUAUGGUCGGCAGUCAAAAACAAAUGGGCGAUUGUUGGGCUCUUUGUCUUGGUUCUCAUCCUUUCCAUCUUCUUCGCCAGCCGCCUUCGCCCAGCUAGCCGUGCCCCUCUCCUCUUCAGGCCCGAUACCAACAUCCAGGUGUUGAUGGACCUCAAAUACAACUUGAGUGCUGAGGGCAUCUCUUGUGUCACCUGCUCAGGCUUGUUUCAGGAAAAACCCCGUAAUCUGCAGAAUAACAUCCGCACUUCUCUGGAGAAGAAGAAAAGGGGGUCGGGACCACCAGGAAGCGGCCGAGGGAGCCCUCUAGACGACAAAACUCUGCAGGAUCCCCAGGGAACAGUCUACAUCUUCAGAUCCAAGGGUAACAGCCGGCCGGUGAUCUACAGGUUUUCUCUCAAUGCUACCGUGCCGCCACCGUGGCAGACAGUGCCCGCAAAAGAUGGAGAAGUGCCCUCCUUCCAGGUGUAUAAAGUUCCUUACGGUAACUUCACCAAGAGGCUGACCGCUUGUAUGUCCACAGUAGGGCAUGUCCAACCAGGGUCCAGCAAGAAGUGGAUGAUGACCAGCUUGUCAUGCGACACGAAGAGAGGGUGGAAAUCCGACUUCAGCUUCUACGUGGCCACCCAGGAGCAACAACGCACACGGAAGCUGUAUUUUGCCCAGUCACAUAAGCCUCCGUACCACGGCCGAGUCUGCCUGGCACCUCCGGGCUGCCUCCUCAGCUCCAGUCCAGAUGGACCCAACAAAGGAUACCUAUUCGUGCCAAGUGAGAGAGCCUCUGCCAGAUCCAGGUUUUCCAUCACGUCGGGAUUCAACCCCUGCAGGAACGGCAACUGCGGGAAACCUGCCGUGCGUCCGCUGGUGGAUACGGGCGCCAUGGUCUUUGUGGUGUUUGGGAUCCUUGGGGUCAACCGUACCCGGCACACCGACAACCACGUCAUUGGAGACAUGGGUAGCGUCAUCUACGACGGCAGCUUCGACCUGUUCAAAGAAAUCGGCAAUCUGUGCCGGAUCUGUAAGGCUAUUGCCAGCAACGCCGAGCUGGUCAAGCCAGGAGGAGCCCAGUGCCUCCCUUCAGGUUACAGUGUCUCCUCUGUCCUUCAGAUGCUACACCCAGAAUGUAAGAACCUUCCCGAGCCCAACCUGCUACCUGGACAGCUCUCCCAUGGGACGGUUGGGGUGAAGGACGGCAAGGUCCAGUGGAUCUCCAUGGCCUUUGAGUCGACCACCUACAAGGGAAAAUCAUCCUUCCAGACCUAUUCCGAUUAUCGCAAAUGGGAAACCUUCCUCCAGGACCAGAUCCAGCAGUUUCCGGAAGGGUCCUCGCUACGCCAAGGUUUCCAGACCUGUGAACAUUGGAAGCAGAUCUUCAUGGAAAUCAUAGGUGUGCAAAGUGCCCUUUUCGGCCUCGUUCUUUCCCUGUUGAUCUGCAUCGCCGCUGUCGCCCUCUUCACCACCCACCUUCUCCUCCUGCUUCUCGUCUUGCUCACCAUUUUAGGCGUCGUCUGUCUAGUGGUGACUGUCAUGUACUGGUCGGGCUGGGAGAUUGGGGCCGUGGAAGCCGUCUCGCUCUCCAUCCUGGUGGGCUCCUCAGUGGACUAUUGCGUGCAUCUGGUGGAGGGCUUCCUUCUGGCUGGGGAGAGUCUCCCCCCACAUCUGGCAGAGGACCCCGGCUCCAGUCGCCAGUGGAGGACGGUGGAGUCGGUGCGCCACGUGGGCGUGGCGGUCGUCUCCAGCGCGGUCACCACGGUCAUUGCCACCAUUCCUCUCUUCUUCUGCAUCAUCGCUCCCUUUGCCAAGUUCGGGAAGAUCGUGGCCCUCAACACGGGCCUCUCCAUCCUCUACACCCUGACGGUCAGCACGGCUUUGCUCAGCAUUAUGGGGCCGCCUUCGUUCACCCGCAGCCGGACUUCUUUCCUCAAGGCGCUGCUGGGGGUGCUGCUGGCCGGGGCGGGCGGCCUCGGCCUUUAUCUGGUGCUGCUGAGAAGCGGAUUGGAGAUCCCCCUCCUCAGCGGGGCCGGCUUAUAGCCCCCCAGAGACCCUCCUGAGAGAGAGAACACUGUAGGGGGAGGCUUCUUUGGUGCAUGAUCUUUUUUUGGGGGGUGGGUUCUAAUCCUGUUCCACGGGAGCUGUUGCUAGGAACGCAGCUCUCUGUCCGUGGACCACUCGCCCGUCGGCAGAGUGGGAGCCCCCGGAGCUGUUCUCCAUCUGCUGGUGAAAUCAAAGCUGUCGUUUGGGGUUUUUUUCUCCAUGCACACAAGGGGGAGAAGCCAGGGCAGAGGAAAAAGACAGGGUCCUCCUGGGCGGUCCAGAGAGGAACACCCCCCCCAUCCCCGUUAGGGGUGACAUCUACUUACCUUCCCUACCUGUUCGGAAGUGUCCGCUCCACCUGUGUGCGCGUCACGUGCAAUUUCGGACCCUCUGUGCAUGCGUAGAGGGUCAAAAACAGGUUACUUCCUGGUUAAAACCAGGAAGUAAUGACACAUCCAGGUGGGUGGGCGGAGCUCUGUGCUGCCGCCACUGCCAGUUCACCGAACCAAGUGCUGCUGCCGCUAACGGUACGCCUGAACCGGUGCAAACCGGUAGUAUUUGAAACCCUGCCCCCCCCCCCCAUCUCUGGGACCAGCCAAGACGUUUCAGGCUUUUCGGCGGCUUCCAGAAAUUCUGCCGCUGGUUUUUCGAAGGAUCCCUGUCAGAGGUCCAGGAGAAAACGUCCUUGGCUUCCCCCAACCCGUAUCCCCGUCCUCGCCUUCGGUUUCCACUUGCACUUUAAUUCCUACCUCCCCUUGUCUUGUUUCCAGGUAGGGUUUUAUUGGGGUUGGGGCGAGAAAUAAUGAGGAUCUGGACAAUUGUCCACCUUUGGUGGAAGGAAAGUAAUCAGAGGCUCAUUGGCUUCUUCGAGGUGUUUUUCCCUUCCCUGCUCUGAAAAUCUUUCCCAGCCUUGCCUUUUAUGAAGAUAUAGAUAUACAUACAACAAACAAGCUAAGCUUGGUUGUUGUCACUCACUCCCCAACUAUUUGCAUUUUCCGUCUCCCGUUUUGGAUUUGCAAACCACAUGGGUUUUUGGGUUAGGGGUUGGGGGUUUUUUUUGGUUUUGGUUUUGGGGAUGAGAAACAGCCAGAGUUAAACCAUGGGGCUGGCUGGGAAUUCUGGGAGUUGAAGUUCCCAAGGCUGAGAAGCACUCUGGCUGACCCGUCUCUUUUUCUUCCUUCCUUCCUUCCUUCCUUCCUUCCUUUCCUUCCCUUUUCCUUCCUUCCUUCCUUUCCUUUUCCUUCCUUUCUUCACUGUCCCCAUAUUCCUUCCUUCCUUUCCUUUCCUUUCCUUUCCUUUCCUUUCCUUUUUCUUCCUUCCUUCCUUUCCUUUUCCUUCUUUCCUUCACUGUCCCCAUAUUCCUUCCUUCCUUCUUUCCUUCCUUCCUUCCUUCCUUCCUUCCUUCCUUCCUUCCUUCACUGUCCCCAUAUUCCUUCCUUCCUUUCCUUCCCUUUUCCUUCCUUCCUUCCUUUCCUUUUCCUUCCUUCCUUCACUGUCCCCAUAUUCCUUCCUUUCCUUUCCUUUCCUUUUUCUUCCUUCCUUCCUUUCCUUUCCUUUCUUUUCCUUUCCUUUCCUUUCCUUUUUCUUCCUUCCUUCCUUUCCUUUUCCUUCUUUCCUUCACUGUCCCCAUAUUCCUUCCUUCCUUCCUUUUUUCCUUCCUUCCUUCCUUCCUUCCUUUCCUUUCCUUUCCUUUCCUUUCCUUUCUUUCCUUCCUUCACUAUCCCCAUAUUCCUUCCUUCCUUCCUUCCUUCCUUCCUUCCUUCCUUCCUUCCUUCCUUCCUUCCUUCCUUCCUUCCUUCCCGGAAUGUAAUUUUUGAGCCUCUCGAUUUUUUUUCCUUCGAAGAGAAGUGCUUCUCUCAGGAAGGCACUAAACCGCCGGUGAUUUACCAUCAUGACUAACAGGAAUCCUUGGGUGUACGAGGCUGCUGCUUGGGUGAUUUACACCAAGAAAGAGGCUUCGGUCUUGGCUUACCGGAUCCGUAAAUUAACUUGUGCAGAGCACAGGAGCCUUCAGGAUUCCCGUAGCUGGUAGCCGGGCACGUUGCCAGCUUCUCUUUUAGCCAAAUGAAGACCUUGAACUGCCUUGCUUGAUCUGAACAAGGCCCUGGCAAACUUUCUGGCUGGGAAUAGCCAGAGACAAAUUUAGUUGGGGGUGGGGAGGGGAGGUGGGCAAGUUUCUCCACGUUGGGAUCUGGUCUUGACGAGCAGGUGUCAAGCCUUCGUCAUCGUCGUUUGUCCCGGCAAUUACAGAGCACAAUUUCUUCCCUUUUUUGCUGCCCCUAUCUGAUUAUUAUUAUUAUUUUUUAAAAGUUGGCUGUUCCUUCCCGCGUUCCUGAGUUACCCAUCCUCGGUUGUGGAAUUUGUGUGCGCGUGUACAUGUUCUUUUUUGAGACUGUUGGAAAAGAAAACACAAAUUUUGACAUUCGCUUGUGUGUGUGUAUGUGUGUGUAUGUGUGUGUGUGGUGUUUUUAUUUUCUCUCUGGCCUCGUUUCUAUCUCACCUCCACUUUAUCAGAGUUUCUUGCAAAAAUCAAAUCCAGAAGCACACACAGAUAACUGAUUCAGCUGGAUUCAUUAACCUCUUUGUAUACAUAAUAACAGAUGAAGUAUUUACAAUACCAAUAUAGAUUCUUCUUCAACGUAGUAGCAGUUACAACACAAGGCAGGAGAGAACAAUUAGUUUCAUUUCAGCAGAGCAGACAAGCAAGUCCUGACUUGUUUAGUUUUAGUUUCAAUUCUCUGCGCAGACUCAGAAGCUGCAGACUAAGACAUGCCCUUGCUCCAGUCUGUCUCAGCUCCCAUUGGCUGAUUUAACUGUUAUGCCUAUUCAUUGGCUGAUCUUGUUACCAUGUCUCUGCCAGUUCAUGGAUAAUCUGACACACUUUCAUUCUGCUGACGUUUCAAAGCUUUCUCGCAUUCAGACCCCGAUGCAGAGCUGCUUUGCAUUUUCUAAAGGUAGACUACCACUUGCUGCAGAAGCUCUCUUUGGUUGGGCACAGUUCUUAGCUACCAUUACUAGAUUAUAAAUGAAAAUAAUUUUUCUCCUCAUUGGACAUUGUGUUCUGUGUCAACUAAAUAUUUUUAUAUAUUGGCUCUGAGGAAGUGGGAGUCGACAAAAAUCCAUACCAUCUUUAUAGGGUAGUCCUCGACUUAUGACGGUAACCGAGGGCCAAAUUUCUGUUGCUAAGUGAACGAAGUGGCUAAAUUUGUUAAGUGCAUUUUGCCCCAAUAUACGACCUUUCCUGAUACAGUUAUUAAGUGAAUCACUGCAGGUGUUAAGUUAGUAACACGGAUGCUAAGUGAAUCGGGCUUCCCCAUUGACUUUGCUUGUCAGAAGGUCGCCCAAGGGGAUCACAUGACCCUGGAGAUGCUGCCGCCGUUGUAAAUAUG